AUGGAUGGCGAGUCCCAGGCACAGAGGGAGGCUCGCCUGCGCUCGCUAUGGAGCAAGCUGGACACCAAGAACAAGGGGACGCUGGACUACAAUGCGCUGAAGAACGGGUUGCAGGGGAUGAAUCAUCCUCUGAAAGAUGCCGAAGGUCUGAUCAAGGACAUGCUCAAAGCCUGCGACAUCGACCACGACGGGAAGAUCAGCUACGACGAAUUCUGUCGAUUCUGCACCCAGACGGAGAAAGAGCUCUGGCAGCUGUUCAAGUCGAUCGACCGCGACCAUAGUGGGAAGCUGGACAAGGGCGAACUGUCGGCAGCCUUCGAAAGAGCCGGUGUGGCCGUCUCAAAUGCGCGACUGGACCGCUUCUUCAGCUACAUCGACAAGGACCAUGACGGAACCAUCGACUUCAGCGAAUGGCGCGAUUUCCUCCUCUUCAUCCCCACGAAUGCUCCCGGUCUUAAAGCCGUCUUUUCCUACUACCAAAAUACCUCGAAGCUCACCGCCGAAGGAGAUGUCCUCAUAAGCGACGAAGCUUUGCACUCUGCAGGUACGAUACUCGCUUUUAUCAAGAGUUCGCUGUUCGGCGCCGUCAUCCAGCUCGUGAAACCGGCGCAAUCGCACGCAGGAGGAUCGAACACCGCGCCGAUCUCGAUGUGGGAAGACAGCGAGGCCCGGCCGCAGCUGUUUGGACAGACGUUCGAAGAGGAGGAGACGAUUGAAGAUGACCCGUACAUCCCAAUCAAGCCAGCCCGACGGAAAGAGCUUGAGAAAUUGCAUGAGGAGGACAGCCAGCAGCAGAAGCUGAAGCUAAUGGAUUUUGUGCCCAAUGUAGGCUACUUCUUGGCGGGUGGACUGUCAGGUAUCACCUCCCGGACUGCGACCGCGCCUCUCGACAGGCUCAAGGUGUACCUGAUCGCACAGACGGAUGUCGCAGAGGAGGCUGUUAGUGCUGCCAAGUCUGGCCGGGCCGGCACUGCUCUCUCACAUGGCGUCAAGACGCUGUGGAAUGCGAGCCAAGAGUUGUGGGCGGCUGGUGGGAUGAGGAGUCUCUUUGCCGGAAAUGGCCUUAAUGUACUCAAAGUUAUGCCGGAGUCAUCGGUCAAGUUCGGCGCGUACGAGGCUUCUAAACGGGCGAUUGCGAGAAUAGAAGGCCACAAUGACCCGAAACAGAUCGCUUCCGUCUCCAUGUUCGCCGCUGGCGGUACUGCAGGCAUGAUAGCGCAAGCCGCUGUAUACCCCCUCGACACGCUCAAAUUCCAGAUGCAGUGCAACACCGUAGCCGGGAGCGAGCAAGGAACCAAGCUCAUCAUCCACACAGCACAGAAGAUGUGGAGACGCAAUGGCAUCGUCACCUUCUACAAAGGCCUGCCUAUGGGGCUGGUCGGCAUGUUCCCAUACGCGGCCAUCGAUCUUAGUGUGUUCGAGACGUUGAAGAAGAAGAUAAUAGCGCGGAAGCGACGCCUCGAUCCGACCAUCAAACACGACGAGGAUGCGCUGCCUGGCAACUUCUCGCUCGCGUUGAUGGGUGGCUUUAGUGGAGCCAUUGGAGCGAGCGUGGUGUAUCCUAUUAACCUGUUGCGUACUAGGCUUCAGAGUCAAGGGACCGCAUCACACCCGCGAACAUACACCGGCAUUAUGGAUGUCACUCGACAGACGCUGAAAGGUGAAGGUGUGCGAGGACUGUUCAAGGGAUUGACUCCGAACCUGCUCAAGGUCGUGCCGGCGGUGUCAAUCACCUACGUCGUAUACGAAAACACGAAGAAAGCGCUGCACCUGCAGUAG